ACUUUUUAUUUCAAGUGGCAUUAAAAAGUCUUAAAGUCUUGAAUUUAACUUGCCUUAUGCUGUAGGAACCCUGUGUUAACUGAUGCUGUAUUUCAAUGUUUGUGGUGCUUUUCACGGUUUCAAUAAUUGUAUCUUUGUGUGUGUGUGCUUUUCCACCGUCUACCAAAUAAAGGAAACAUCCUAGUUGGAAAACAUGGCAGAUAGUAAAGAGGAGGAAUUGCGCAAAGCUGCCAUUGAUUUGGUUGCUAUGUUAAGAUCAUCAAUAAAUGGUCCAGCACCAAACACUCAGGGUGAGACCACUGUGAGCCCCACAACAAGUGCUAGGGACACAAGGCAGGACCUGCAAAACCUACCCAGGCAUAAUUCAGCAUGUGCACCUGCACAGGCGUCUUCUGGAAUUGCUAUGCAGCGAAACAUGGCCAGGUCUUUCCCUGGGUUAUUUAAAGAGAAGCAGAGUUCCAGGGCUCUGCUAUCUAAGAAAAGGUUUGCCCCCAAAAGAACUGCUGUGUCAUUUUUCCUGCUUAAAACCGCCUGUGAGAGAACUCCAAAACCAUCAGAGGAGAUGACCCUUCUACAGGCUGGGCUAGGACGAAGGACAGUUGACAUUGCAGCAGAUGCCGGUCAUAAGGAGAUUACAGAUGUUCUUUGUGUGGCAUAUCCGAAGAUGGCUACAUUGGAGGGGGCCUGGAUGCUAUACAAGGCCAUCGGAGGAUCUGGUCAACGCAAACUUAAUUUGUUGUCACCUGAAGAGGAGGGAUAUACAGGAGCUAGUCUUGUGAGGACUUGGGCAGGCAAGGGUUGCCUGUACAUCAUGCCCAUCCAGCACACAUUGGAUACUUCUCCCUUGCCCUUCACAGCCCCUGAGUUUCAGGCCAUGCCCAAAGCUCGGUGUCUCACAUGCAAGGAGUAUGUGCCUCUGCAGCUCCUUAGCAUCCAUGUAAAAACAUGCGUUUCAAAGAUCAGUGGUGAGACUGAACAUGGUGAUGAUGAUGAUGUCAUCAGUGUACAUAGUGACAAUGCUGAGUCAUUUGCUGAAGUUCCGGCAUCGAUAGAGAGUGAGGCAUCCCCUAGAGUCAUGCCAUUCAAUGAUUUGGAGAGAAAGGUUUCUUGCCCAUUGUGCAGUGAACUCUUUACGGAAGAUGACAUCUGUACACAUGCAAGUGUCUGUGGAGAAGGCAUGCCAAAUGAGGAAUAUAUUUCCACAAGGCACACCACUAAGCACUUCAGCAGCUUAUCAGCUCUUCUGCAGUCUUUACAAGACAAAAUUGACACUACACAGACCUUCAACAUUAAUGUGACAUGUAAGGAUCUGUUCCAAAGGGGACUCAAACAAUGGGCUAGACAAAAGCAAGCCUCUCCAAAAAAUGUCAUCUCUGUCUCCUUUAUCGGAGAACAUGGUAUCGACCAAGGAGCGCUUCGUAAAGAGUUCUUUACAGAAAUGAUCCGAGGAAUUGAGAUGCGUUUAUUUGAUGGAGAUGGGGAAAAGGGCAAAACCCCAAAGUAUAGCCUUUGUGACUACAAAGAAGACCACUUCAAGACUUGUGGGGAGAUAUUUGCUGCAAGCAUUGCACAGGGGGGCCCUGCACCAAACUUUAUCUCUAGGUGGUGCUACCAAUACCUUUGCCAUGGAGAAUUCAACAAAGACACUAUCCCUGAUGAAGUUGCAGAUACAGAUUUAAAAAGUCUUAUUGAAGAGGUGGAAAGAGCAGAAGCAGAUGAGCUUAUUGGCUUAGCUGAUCAAGUUGUGGCGUGUGGAUACACGGGGCCGAUAACUGUUGUGCACAAACAGACAAUAACACAAGCCAUUAAUUUACAUGCAAAGCUGAGACUUGUCCCCAUAUUGAGCCAGCUCCGUGAGGGACUAAGGCUCUAUGGGCUGAAUGAGGUGUUGAAAUACCAUGAGGACCUUUGCGAGCAACUGUUUGUCCCAGGCCACCUGAAGAAAGUGGAUGCUGACUUCCUCGUAUUGGCCCUUUCACCCAACUUCAGUGAGGAAGGGUCUGUAAGACGGGAACGAGAGAUGCAGGUCAUCAACUUUCUGCAAGAUUUCUUGCAAAAUCUGGAAGACAAAGAAGACUGCACAGAAGAGGAGAAAAUUCGAAAUGAGCAGGAAGAUGAGCCUGGUACAACGGGAAGGGAACAGUCUGUCAGAGCAUUCCUACAGUGGGCAACUGGGCAGGCACAUGUACCACUGAUAGAGUCCGAAAAGGAGGCAUUCAAGAUUAUUAUUAACUUUGACCACGACUGUGAGUCCCGCUACGGACCACACAGGCAGUGUUACCCAACUGUGAAUGCCUGUGCAGUUGCACUUACAUUUCCGACGCGCCAUUUUGUCACCUACCAUGAUUUUGAAAAUGUUCUUACAGAGGCAAACAGGGGUGGGUUUGAGUUCAGCAUGUACUGA